AUGAGGACAAUACUUAUUGUUGUGUUACUAACGGUUUAUUUGGGGAAUGUAUGGGCUGUCCCGGCGAGUUUUUUGAUCCCGGGAAUAACGACGACCAGUACAACCACACGUAAACCAUGGACUACUAAAGUUAAAGACGGCAUAAGCACAUUCUUCCAAGGUGCAGCGGCAGCCAGUGUCGUACAGCAAGCUAUACAAAACGGAAAAAGCUCGAAGCGCAAAACACAUCACACUGAACACAAGCAAUAA